ACACUGGCAUAGCUUUCAUUUUCAAUCAUAAAUAGAAAGAACCAAAACACAAAAUAAUAUCAACAACAAAUAAUUUUUUGGCAAGUAUGGAUCAAAAGGCACAAUCAACACCUGAUCGUGUUUACAAAGAUUUGCAACCAUAUCAUGAAUGGAAUGAAGAUGAAACAAGUGCCACUCUUGUUCUAAUGCUGCCAGGAUUCACAAAGGAACAAUUGAGAGUGCAAGUGACUUCAAAAGGUGUCCUAAGGAUCAAUUGUGAAAGACAAGGGAUUGAGAAUAUAUGGCAUCGUUUUGGCAAAGAAUUUCCAAUUCCUCCAUAUUGUGAAACCAAUGACGUGAGUGCCAAGUUUGAACGUGGAGUGCUAUCAAUCAUGUUUCCAAAGCUAAUAACCCCAGCUAAUAAGCCUCAAGAACAAGAACCUAUCACAAAUCCACCCCAAGAAUCUUCAAUGCCACAACAACUUAGUGAUGAACCUAAGGCACCAACACAAGCACAAGUGGUUGAUGAUCAACAAGAGUCAUCACCAAAGAAAGAAGAACCAAUUAAUGAUGAAAAAGAAAAUAACAAAAUAGAAGAAAAAGUUGAAAAUGAUCAAAAGAAGGUGAGGACUAAUGAUGAGUUGCUGGAGACAAAAGAAGUUAUUAAAACUGCUGAGGGUAAGGGAAAGAGACAAGGCAAGAUGACACAAAGAUUGAAAACAAGGAUUUUAGAUUUUAAUAUAAGUUUGAGAUCAAAGGAUGAUAAGGAUGUUAACCAAUUAGGUUUUGGUGACACAAGGCCUAAGAAGGGGAAGUUAUUGGUGAAUAUGAUUGUGGCAAGCUUGUUGGUUUUGGUGCUUGGGGUGUAUGUCAAAAAUGCAUUGUGGUCAUCUCAAGGAGAAUCAAAGGAAUUUUAAUCUCAUAUGCAUAUUCAUUAUUGUAAAUGCAUAAAUAAACUCAAUAAAGAAGUAAAACAACUACUUUGAUUAUGAAGAUUGAUCAAAUCACACGGGCGUUUAUAUUUAAUACUUGUACACCUCUUAACACAUGUAUUAUAAACUCAUUGUUGCAUUGUAACCAAAAAAACAAGUUGUUGCAUUGAAA